GUCGUUUCUGCGCAUGCGCGUUGCGAAUUGUAGCGACUUCCUGCCAAAUAGUUGUCCCUAACAACACACAGCACAUCACCGAGGGAAUUUUAGUUCAAGGAAACAUAAAGUUUCCUCGGAAGUAGCACUUGGUGAAAUGGGCCUUGGCCAAAGCAUAAGCAGCAGAGACUGACGGCGCAGAUUUACCAGGGCGGACGGAGAAGACGUCCUCUCCCACAGCCAUGGACGAGUCGCAAGAGGUGUCCGAGCUACCUACAAAGAAAGCUCGGCAUGAUCCAGAAGUGAGUCAGGAGGGUAAUUCACGAAGUGUGGCUGCUAAUGACAGCAGUGACUCCCCUAACCGGAACGAAUCGACAGCUCGGGCAGAGGUCAAUUCAUAUCCACCGUCAUCUGUCGCUCACUUGCACACGAUGCCUGGAGGUCCAGACCGGUCAAAUCAAGAGACGAUAUCAAGAUCCCAGGGCUGUGUCUCAGAAAAUGCAUAUGAUCACAAUGCAGUGACGUGCAAAGACCUCACCACAACCACAGCCACUGAAUAUACCUCACAGAUCUACCAAGGAAGCAACACCGCUGUCACUGCAUAUGCCAGUCAAGUGGCUUUCCCUUCCCUGGGCCAGUCGACCGUAUACAGCGGCUUUCCUCAGUCCGGCCAGACGUACGGACUGCCACCAUUUGGCGCCAUGUGGCCAGGCUUAAAGACAGAGUCGCGGCUGCCCGAGGCACCCUCUGUUGGUCAGACGGGGUUUCUCAGCUUCAGCUCUGCCUAUACCUCAACCCAACCCAGCCAGAUCCACUACUCCUAUCCCAGCCAAGGUUCCUGUUUCACAACGUCCAGUGUGUACAGUAACAUCCCUCCAGCUACUGCUGUGACCACAACUACUGGCGCACAUCAGGAGUUUUCAAGUUACAACUCUCUUGGUCAGAGUCAGUUCUCGCAGUACUACGUUCCUCCUCCCAGUUACUUGUCCGCUGGGCUGCCCAGCAGUGAUAGAGAUGGAGCAGGUGUAGUGGCACCUGAAUAUCCAGCCAUUAAAACUGAAGGCAGUGCCUCAGCAAACCUGCCCAACACAACAGAUGCAUCCCCAGGUGUGACGAUCCCUACAGGUGUGGCUCUGCCUGCUGGGAUGGCCCUCCCCACAGGAGCACGGGACCAAGACGAGACCAACCGCAAAAACCCUCCUGGCAAAGCUAAAGGCAAAGCUAAGAAAUCUGAUGAUUCCCAGUCCACAGACAAUGACCUUGAGCGCAUCUUCUUGUGGGAUCUGGAUGAAACCAUCAUCAUUUUCCACUCUCUUCUUACCGGUUCAUUUGCACAGAAGUUUGGCAAGGAUCCAGCAACAGUUCUAAAUCUGGGUCUUCAGAUGGAGGAGCUGAUCUUUGAGCUUGCAGACACUCAUCUCUUCUUCAACGAUCUGGAGGAAUGUGAUCAGGUUCAUGUUGAUGAUGUUGCCUCAGAUGACAAUGGCCAGGACUUGAGCAACUACAGUUUCUCCAGCGACGGCUUUAGCGGGCCCAGUUCAGGCAGUGGUCCAGGGUCCACCACAGCGGUACAGGGAGGAGUGGAGUGGAUGCGUAAGCUGGCCUUCAGAUAUCGCCGGCUCAAAGAGAUCUACAAUGGAUUCAAAGGGAAUGUGGGAGGUCUGUUGAGCCCAAUGAAGAGAGACCUACUGCUCAGGCUGCGCUCUGAGAUCGAGACCGUUACAGAUGCCUGGCUGAGCACUGCCCUCAAAUCUCUCUUGCUCAUUCAGUCAAGGGGCAGAUGUAUGAAUGUUCUGGUCACCACCACUCAGCUGGUUCCAGCUUUAGCUAAAGUGCUUCUCUAUGGCCUGGGUGACGUCUUUCCCAUCGAGAACAUCUACAGCGCCACUAAAAUAGGAAAAGAGAGCUGCUUUGAGCGUAUCAUCUCUCGCUUUGGGAAGAAAGUGACCUAUGUUGUUAUAGGGGACGGUCGUGAUGAAGAGUUUGCAGCAAAGCAGCACAACAUGCCAUUUUGGCGAAUCUCUUCUCACGGAGACCUGAUUUCCCUUCACCAAGCUCUGGAACUGGACUUCUUAUAGAUGGAGCUGGAGGUAAGACAUGGAUCUCUCCAGCUGCACCCAUCAGCAAUCCCAUCCACCCCUAACCCGAUCCAGCGCAGCCGUGGAGCAGCUGACAUAGACUCUGGGACGUUAGCCGUCAUAGACAAGAACUCAAGACAGUCUGUGACGCGACCUCACAAGCCCUCCAUUCCCUCAAUGGCAGCUAUCCUCCCCUUAGGUUGAAUCUUGCACUGGGACGCCACACAACCGUACACAAGGAAAAGAGGAAAAAAACUGUCUCCCACUCUUACUGCAUCUUUCUCUUGGAAAAAGGAUGUACUUUACCAUCUUUAACAUAACUGGAUUCACCAAAGGAACAACCGAUGACCAAAGGUCUGCACUGGCACAGAAACUUAGGAUUGAACUUAGUUUAAGUCUUUUUCUGCAUUCUUUUUAAAGGGCUGAAAAGUAAGUUGGAGUCAUUUUGAUUUGCACUCAUUCCAAAGGUCAGGACAUUGGUUCUUAUGAGAUGGCAGGUUACAUGCUUUAGAAGCCUCCAAGAAAUGAUGCUAUGAUUUCAGUUCUUAAAACAGAUCGCAGACAUGGCCUGUUUAAUAUCUGUGUACAGAUUGUACCAAUAAGGUUUAGUAUAGAUCCCACUUAAUUUUACUGUAUCUAUAUAUGGAUUUUCCUAAAUGUUCCUCAGUUUAUGGGAUCUACUUUCAUUUACCCUUCAUACACACUUCAUCAUUUCUGCUUUAAAUGAGGCAACAUGACAAAUUAUAGAGUGCCUAACGGAAACCAUUUGUUUUUGAACAGUUUGUCCCUCUUUUUCUUUGAAAGAAUAAAUCGCCCAAAAAGGAGAAUUCGCAUUGUUACUUUUGUUCCAAAUCCCGACUAACUUUCAUGAAACACAAAAGACGAUGUUUAGAAGAAUGUCCACGCUGCUCUUUUCCAUACAAUGAAAUUUGAAUGGAAAAGGGAACCUCAAACUCAAAUACAUCUUGUGUGUUGUCUGAUGGAAGUCAUUAUGAGUACAGACUUAAAUUUAAAUCAUUUACAAACAGCCUUCCCCUUUGUUUAGCUCUGAAGUCUAACUCGGCUAUUAGCUGAAACUUGGUGUGACAUUUCUUGGCAUGCUGAAUUUGAAUGAACGCAAAUGCAGAGAUUUUCAGUGAACUUCUAAUUAAAUCUCGAUGAUUUCAGAAAACUACUGGAUCUCAGCAAACUGUCUCUAGUCACGUUUUACUGUAUGGAAAAGAGCAGCAUUUUUGUGUUAAGAAGGGUUCAAAUCAACAACUUUUUUUUUGUUUUUUUUUUGUUUGGUUGAGCCAUUUCUGUAGAAAUCCAUAUUAAGGUGAUGUUUUGAGGGGAACAUAGGUUUCUGGAUUGAUACUGUCCCAUGUUAAAUGUGUAUAAUGCAAUUAUGAGCCACAUGAACUAACUGCAUUUGCGUCCCCUGAGGAAAGUCACAUGGCUGAGUGGGAUUUUGUAAAAUUACCUCUUGCAUAUAGCCAAAAUUACCCAUGGAUUUGAAGCUACAGGGCCCCAGCCUGUGACCGUUUUUUUUUUUUCAUUUGUACAUGUUUGGGAGAAAAACUCUGUGAUAGUGUGCAAUACAUUUCUGGUCAGUGAUAAUUGAUUGUUUCAAUUUUGGUUGAAGGUGGUUUCACGAGCAGGUUUGGGUGUAAUAUUCCUAACCGCUGUGAGAUUUUGACUGAACAUUACUGAGCCUGAAGAAAAAGCAUUUUUACUCAAGCAGCUUUGACAAUUAAGAAUGUGUAAUCUUCAUUUGUUUGCAUAGAUGUGUGUGUCUGUGUUUUUUUUUUUUCCUGUAUAUAUUUAUAUUGUGCCUUUUAUCUAUAAUCACCAUUCAGUAAGUGUAUUAUCUUAAAGGGAAUUACUGAAAUAUGACAAACAUAUGCAAUAUGACAAACAUAUGUUUGUAUUGUUUGUUUUUCUGGUGAAGUG